UUUGUGAUCCUGUUGCUAGGAUUAAGCCUUUUGCACUGCAGCAUGGAGAGUCUUUUGUUUGAGUUAAAUUCAGACCUCUUGAUAUGUCACCUGACAGUCUUGUGGUUUUGGAUGAAUAUGGCUCAUUGCUAUUAUUAACCUGAGUUGGCAGCCGGGCACAACAGGAGUUUAUAGGGAUUUCGAAAAGUGGAACUGCUCGGGGGACAAAGAUGCUUCCCAGCUGGCCUUUGCCGGAGUUUGACCCGAGCCAGAUCCGGCUGAUCGUGUAUCAGGACUGCGAGAGGAGGGGACGGAAUGUCUUGUUUGACUCCAGUGCUAAAAGAAAAAUCGAGGAUGUUUCAGUGUCGAAACUCUGCAGUGAUGCUCAGGUGAGAGUGUUUGGGAAAUGCUGCCAACUGAAGCCUGGAGGAGACAGCUCUUCUUCCUUGGAUAGCUCAAUCAAUUCAUCCUCCUCGUUCUCUGAUCCAAAAGAACAAUGCCCAAAAUACCAGGGUUCUCGGUGCUCUUCAGAUGCCAACAUGCUUGGAGAGAUGAUGUUUGGCUCUGUGGCCAUGAGCUACAAGGGCUCCACGUUGAAAAUUCACCAGAUCCGCUCACCUCCCCAGCUCAUGCUCAGCAAGGUGUUCACAGCCCGCACCGGGAGCAGCAUCUACGGCAGCCUCAACACGUUGCAGGACAGUCUUGAGUUCAUUAAUCAAGACAGCAAUACAUUAAAGCCUGACCACAGUACAAUUAUGAAUGGACUUCUUGGGAAUAUAGGUCUUUCCCAGCUUUGCAGCCCCAGGCGGGCAUUCUCAGAGCAAGGUCCGCUCCGCCUCAUCCGGAGCGCCUCUUUCUUUGCAGUUCAUAGCAACCCUAUGGAUAUGCCUGGGAGGGAGCAGAAUGAGGACAGAGACAGCGGUAUAGCAAGAUCUGCAUCUCUUAGCAGUCUGCUGAUCACUCCGUUCCCAUCCCCGGGCUCCUCGUUUAACAAAAGCUGUGCUAGCAGCUACCAGCGGCGUUGGCGUCGCAGCCAGACUACCAGCUUGGAGAACGGGGUCUUCCCUCGAUGGUCCAUGGAUGAAAGUUUCAACUUGUCAGAUGACAGCUCUGGUCCAAGCCCGGGAAUUGUUAGGAAGAAAAAGAUAGCAAUUGGGGUUAUUUUUUCACUCUCAAGAGAUGAAGAUGAAAACAACAAAUUCAACGAGUUCUUCUUCUCCCACUUCCCUCUUUUUGAGAGUCACAUGAACAAACUGAAGAGUGCAAUAGAACAGGCUAUGAAAAUGAGCCGGAGAUCAGCUGAUGCCAGCCAGCGGAGUUUGGCCUAUAACAGGAUUGUGGAUGCCCUUAAUGAAUUCAGAACGACAAUUUGCAACCUGUACACGAUGCCCCGCAUCGGGGAGCCCGUCUGGCUCACCAUGAUGUCAGGGACACCCGAGAAGAACCAGCUCUGCCAUCGCUUCAUGAAGGAGUUCACUUUCCUCAUGGAAAACGCUUCCAAGAACCAGUUUUUACCAGCUUUGCUGACUGCAGUGCUGACUAACCACCUGGCCUGGGUCCCCACCGUCAUGCCCAAUGGCCAGCCGCCCAUAAGGAUCUUCCUGGAGAAGCAUUCUUCCCAGAGCGUGGACAUGCUGGCCAAAACCCAUCCCUACAACCCUCUGUGGGCACAGCUUGGUGACCUGUAUGGGGCUAUUGGAUCACCUGUGAGAUUGGCAAAAACAGUUGUGGUUGGCAAAAGGCAUGACCUGGUCCAGAGAUUGCUUUACUUCCUCACUUACUUCAUCAGAUGCUCUGAACUUCAAGAGACACAUCUUCUAGAGAACGGGGAGGAUGAGGCCAUCGUCAUGCCCGGCACUGUGAUCACCACCACGCUGGAGAAAGGAGAAGUGGAGGAGUCUGAGUAUGUGCUUGUCACAAUGCACAAGAACAGGGGCAACCUGCUGCCCACGGAGUCUGAAGAGACGAGAACUGCCAACUGCAGCUGUAAAUACUGCAAAUGUCCCCCUUCCCUGGCACAGAACAUAGAAGGGGUUCCACAGCACGAGCGAGAAGACACGCAAAGCACCCCCAAGGGAGAGCUGGAAACUUCUUCCGACGAGAGCAGAACCAUCGUCCCCGACGACGGGCAGGAAGAUGCUGCGGAUGUGAAGCAGCCGAGGCCCUGCAUGGACACCAAGCUGGAGACUGUGGUGUGCACGGGGGCGGCUGCAGGGCCAGACUCUGGAGUGGAGGCCCCAGGGAGUGCGUGGAGGGGCGAGGAGGGGCUGGAGCCGGGCAGCCCCGCGGGCGGGGGCACGCGGACACCCGGCAUCGCCGUGGAGAAGAAGCCCCCUGACAAGCUCUUCUGCGACGCCUUCCCCUGCGCCGCCGAGGCCCAGACAAAGGUGACUUUCCUCAUCGGAGAUUCCAUGUCACCUGACUCAGACAUCGAGCUGAGGAGUCAGGCAGUAGUGGAACAAAUUGCCAGGCAUCACAGCCCGCCAGCAGCGGAGGCAGCAGUGUCUGCUGAUCAGAACUGUGAAGCUAAACAAACUGUUGAGGACCAAAAUAGAGACUGUGGGACAGCUGAACCCUUUCCUCAAGUUGCUAGUGAGCAUCAGAGCUGGAACCCAAACCCGUGCAGUGCUGAGAGCAUGAGCCUGUUUGACGAGUAUUUCACUGAUGACAGUUCAGUUGAAACCCGGACUAUUGAUGAUAUUCCAGGGCAAGCAGCCACGGACCUUCUUGCUCACAACAGUAGUUUAGAGUUUUCUAAAAAACUGUGUACAAAGGCUUGCAAACCACCUAGUGAAUUUUGUAAAUUCAUGGACUCUGUUCGACAAGAGACCUACAAAAACUGCUUUAAUGAGCAGGACCAAAGAGAGAAAAUCUCUAUUCGUGUCCCCUGUGGGGACAGAGAAAACGUAGAGAAAAAAGUCGCCCCAGGGAUUGAUUGGGACAUUCCAAGAAAUGAGAGUUCAGACAGUGCCCUGGGUGACAGUGAAAGUGAGGAUACAGGCCAUGAUCUAACUAGACUGGGCAGUAACUAUUACGGAGGAGAGCAAGAAGAUUGGGCAGAGGAAUAUGAGAUUCCCUUCCCUGGGUCAAAAUUAGUUGAAGUGAACUCUGUCCAGCCCAGUAUUGCCAAUUUUGGAAGAUCCUUACUAGGAGGCUACUGUUCAUCUUAUGUCCCUGACUUUGUUUUGCAAGGAAUAGGAAGUGAUGAAAAGCUGAGGCACUGUUUGGUGUCAGAUUUGUCUCAUGCUGUGCAGCACCCUGUUCUGGACGAGCCCAUCGCAGAGGCUGUUUGCAUUAUUGCAGACACAGACAAGUGGACGGUGCAAGUGGCCAGUAGCCAGAGAAGAAUGAUUGACAAUAAACUGGGAAAAGAAGUGUUAGUCUCCAGUCUCGUCUCCAACCUGCUUCAUUCCACUCUUCAGCUUUACAAGCAUAAUUUAUCUCCAAACUUUUGUGUGAUGCACCUGGAGGAUCGGCUGCAGGAGCUCUACUUCAAAAGCAAGAUGCUGUCUGAGUAUCUCAAGGGCCAGAUGAGAGUCCACGUGAAGGAGCUGGGCGUGGUGCUGGGGAUUGAAUCCAGCGACCUCCCUUUGCUGGCAGCUGUAGCGAGCACUCACUCUCCCUACGUUGCCCAGAUCCUACUUUAACAAGCCAGAGCCCACAGACUUCAACUUUUUGCCUCUCUGAAAACAAAGUGGAAGACAACUUGUUCUGGCUCCUUUCUCUUUGCAGCAAUUCAAACAAACUGCUCGCUGAGCUGCAGCACCUCCAUAUAUGACUGCACAGUGUGCAAACAGUUGGAGACUUCUCCUCUCCCACUCGGCCAUUUAUCAAAAAGGAUAAAGAAAGGAGUAAAGAAAACUGAGUAAGCCCGAGCUUUCAGCCACGGAAAAGUGAAGAUUUUAGCAAAGCUGAAGAUCUGCGUUUUUUAGCAGUUUCUGCCACAAUGGCUGACUGUGACUUACACUGGGGAACGGAGGAAGAACUGCUCUGAGAAACACAGGAUGCCAUCAGCCCUUAGGAACUGAACAGGAGAGAGCAGCUGCUGCCUCCAGCCCGGCCUCAGCUGAGCAGGAUCUCCUUGGGAUCUCUAAUUCUCAAGCUGCGAUGAUUUGUAAACAACUUCUACUUUUUCAUGUCAUAGUCCAGUUCUGGAUUGUUCCCAGAGGAAGAACGGGGCCGCUUUGUUUUGUAAAAGGCUUAUUAAUGACAGUCAGCUCCAGAAUUUAUUUAUGAUCUUUCUCUUGGGAAGAGGGAAAAGCAGGGGACAGAGGGGGACAGGGAGGAGGAAGGAAGAGGCCAACAGACAAACUAGCGAUGGAGAUUCUUUCUUGGCUGGAUGCUGUAACCAGUAUUAAAUGUUUAUAAUGUUUAAAUGUUGCUUUAUACUAAGUGAUGCUUUUCUUCCACAACGUAAUCAAAAUGUUAAAAACAAAAAUAAUCUAAAGAGAAUGUUGGCUGAAAUUUCCCCACGGGGUCCCCAGAAUGACAUGACAAUUACCUCUAACUUUUUUAUGAUCUUUAAUGUUCUUGCAACACCAUAUUCUUUUUACAGCAGUCAGUCAGCCAGCUAUUGAAAUAAUGAACUAGAAAUAAUUGUACCAAAGCAUUGGGGACAAAAUGAGUAGACUAUUACCCUUAAUUGCUCAGGUAACUAAUUGAUACAUUUUUUAAAACCAUUCUACAAAAGAAAUGAACAUUGAUUACACCAUAGUGUAGUAAUAUCCAAAUUAUUUUUUGACAAAUAUACCCUGCAGAUGACUCUAAUCCCUUUUCUACUCACUCGUGUAAUUACCAGCAGGAAAUGUUGUUUGUUUUAUUCUCAGCAUUUCUCUUUUACUCAGCCAUCACUGGUUUGUCACUGUAUAUACAAUAGUUGUAUGAGUAGCUGAUGGACCCAACCUGGUGUAAGUCAUGUAAAUAGACAGUGGGAGGUGGAUUAUGUUUUCAAAGGCUCUACUACCUCAGUUUAACUGGACACUUCAUUCUAGGCUUUGCUUUACGUAUUUGUCCUGGCAGCCAAUUAAUGUUGCUGAUUUUUAGCUUCUGUUUUCAUUGAUUAUGUUCAGUAUAUUGAGUUUCAUGGAUUAUCCUCACAGGUAGGAGACACGUAUUCACUUAGUGGCUAAACUCUGUAAGAAAUUCUAUAAAUGCAUCAUUCUGUGAUCAUCCCUCCCAUAGUACAGCACGCCUGCUAUUGGUGUUUGCAGGGUUACUUCAAAUACAAAUCUAUUUGAACCAUUUGAUAAACCUGAAAACAACAGGGGAGAUCCCUGCCCCGCCCCUGUCAGCGACAGAACUCUCCUCCCUUCCUUCUCUGGGGCCAGGAUUCACCCAGGGUGGUUUUUCAGUGCUGUUUAAAAUCUGUCCCUUAAAGGUGUUCCAGGAAAAAUCCACAGGGCAAAGCUGCCCCCACGCCAGGAGGUGACCCAGGAGGUGACCCCAGCGUUCAGCCAGCAGUGUCACUGGAGCCCUGUGCACAGAACCUCACGCUGACUGCUGCAGGGGAGGAACUCCAUGUGUGAUCCAAGGGGUUGUUUCUCCCCUGUUUUUCAAAUGUCCUUUCCUCGCCACACAGUUGUGUUACAUCUGGUUUUUGGAACGAGCAUGACACAGGGCCUGAUUGUGUAAACACAUUUGUAAUGAACGCCAGGGUUGAGCUCCACGUGUGGCUGUUGAACUCUUGGCUGGGGACGUGCUGUGGGCAGUAGUUGAGUCCUGAGUUGUGCCCAGACUGGCAGGGGUGGCCUGGCCAUGGCAGCACUGCUGGGGCUGGCGGUGAGGGGGGCUGAGGGUGCACUCCUUCCUUGGGUGGGUUUGUCUGUAGCAGUGCCCAGAGAGCUGGGCAGCUGCCCCCUAACCCUGGCACCCCCCAGGACUGAGCUUACAGUGACCCUGAUGGGAGAACUGCAUCCUCCUCUGAGCCAUUACUGGCAAAUCGUUGGGGUUGCUUUGAGAUGGGUUUGACUCUCCAGAGAAAUAAUAUUAAUGUGAGAGGAGAAGGAGGUGGCUGGGGGGGGGCACCUUCUGUGCUGUCCUGUGCCCACUGCUGCUCGUUAGUGGUGUUAAUGAUGUGUUCAGUCAGUCCCAGGCUGAUGCAGCUGCCUCGGUGUCCUCCCCCGUGCCAGUCCCUCCCCUCGGCCCCUCUCAGCAGUGUUGUGGGCAAAACACAACCAAAACCCUCGUGGCAUGGGAAGUUUUCCCGUGAGUUAAUUUUUUUGGGGUACAUGAACAAUGUGGUACGUCUGUCUGUUUGUUAAAUAACACAAAAAGGGAUUUUUACAGGCUAUAGCGUCGACUUUUUAAAAUAUAUCGCGAUUGUUUUAUGUGAAUAGAAAACUAAUGUUUGAUUUCUUUUUUCCACUAUUCCCAAUCUCCAUUAUUAACAUGUCUUAAUUUUCUGGCUGAAAACUAAGUGUACUAGAAACACAAAUUAGCAAAUUUGGUUUUGUUGCAAUUGGCAAACACUGGGCUGCUAAGAACAAAAACUGUUUAAAAGAACAGAUUUUACACCUUGCAUAUGUUUUCCCUAUUAGUUCUUAGAAAUGUUUUAUGACAAUUUUUUGCUUUCUCUAAAUUAUUUAGAUGGUGGUACUUGUAAAAUGCUGGGUAAAAUGUACAUACUUGUUAUCUCUUCUGUUUUUGUAUAUAUUUCCCAAGAUGUGCACUUGUAUUAUAAUAACCAUUCCCAAUUUUAGGGGAAAUUUGUGCAAUAAAUACAGUAUGUCAAUUUA